AUGUUUCUGCCAAAGAACCACUUUAAAGAGGGCGCUGGCUUCUCGAAUGUGGAGUAUGGUUUGAUGGCGGAGCAAUUAGGCAAGUGUCGCACGGCAAGUGAGGCAUGCAACUGCGCCGCCCCGGACACCGGCAACAUGGAAGUCCUCGCAAAGUACGGGACCCAGAAGCAGAAAGACCGAUGGCUAAAGCCACUCCUCGAUGGCAAAAUUCGGUCAGCGUUCCUCAUGACUGAACCCGACAUCGCUUCUUCCGAUGCCUCCAAUAUCAAAAUGACUAUGACCAAGUCGGGAGACUCUUGGGUCCUCAACGGAUCUAAAUGGUGGUCGAGCAAUGCGGGACACGACCUCUGUCAGGUCUACAUCGUGAUGGCCAAGUCCUCCCCUCAUAAUCCCGACAAAUACAAACAACAGUCCGUUGUCCUUGUACCUGCUGACACCCCCGGCAUCACUGUCCACCACAUGUUGAGCGUGUAUGGUUACGACGACGCUCCGCACGGUCACGGGCAUAUCAGCUUCAAGGACGUCAAGGUCCCCGCCGACGCGUUAGUACUGGGCGAGGGCCGGGGGUUUGAGAUCAUCCAGGGGCGCCUCGGACCUGGCCGUAUUCACCAUGCGAUGCGGUCUAUCGGUGCAGCUGAGCGCGCACUUGAUUGGAUGAUUGCGCGAAUGAACGACGAGAACAAGAAGCCGUUCGGUCAGCCUCUAUCCGCGCACGGCGUACUCGUGGAAUGGAUUGCAAAAUCUCGUAUAGAGAUUGAUGCGGCGCGCCUUAUCGUCCUUAACGCCGCUAUCAAGAUUGACUCCGCCGAUGCGAAAACUGCGCUCAAGGAGAUCGCACAGGCCAAGGUCCUUGUGCCUACAAUGGCUCUGACCGUUAUUGACAGGGCAGUCCAAGCGCACGGCGCCAUGGGUGUUUGCCAAGAUACCCCGCUGGCGAGCAUGUGGGCGCAGAUACGAACGCUACGCAUAGCGGAUGGCCCAGAUGAGGUGCACCUGCAGCAACUAGGAAAGCGGGAGAACAAGACGCGUAAAGACCAGGUGAUAGAGCAGCUCGCUGGCCAAAAGAGGCGGGCGCACGACAUGAUGGCGGAGCUGGGCUUGGAUCAGAAGCAGCUGGGCACCGACAACAUGAGGAGUAGAUUGUGA